UUUCUCUUGCAGGCCUAUUUAGUCACCAUGAAGCUGCUGAACCUACCCUUCCACGGCUGCUUCCUGCUGACCCUGCUUGGCUUAUGGAAAACUGCCCCUGAAGCGCAUGCUUUGUCUGCAGGGACGCCAGCCAUCAGUGCUGUCUCCUUCCUGCAGGACCUCAUGCAUCAAUACGGUGAGGGGGACAGCCUCACUCUGCAGCAGCUGAAGGCCCUACUCAACCACCUGAAUGUGGGAUUGGGCCGGGAUAAUGUCACCCAGCCCGAGCAGGAGCAGAGGAACAUCUCAAGGUGCUUCAGUUCUAGAGACCUCUUUGCUGCCCACAAUCUCAGCGACCAGUCAUGGAUUGGGAGGAGCAAGUUCCAAGAGUUCUGCCCCACCAUUCUCCAGCAGCUGAAUUCCCGGGCCUGCACCUCCGAGAACCAGGAAAAUGAGGAGAAUGAGCAGACAGAAGAGGGGAAGCCAAGCAACAUUGAAGUGUGGGGAUACGGUCUCCUCUGUGUGACCAUCAUCUCCCUCUGCUCCCUCAUGGGGGCCAGCGUGGUGCCCUUCAUGAAGAAGACUUUUUACAAGAGGCUGCUGCUCUACUUCAUAGCUCUGGCGAUUGGAACCCUGUACUCCAACGCCCUCUUCCAGCUCAUCCCCGAGGCUUUUGGUUUCAACCCUCUGGAAGAUUAUUAUGUCUCGAAGUCUGCGGUGGUAUUUGGGGGCUUUUAUCUUUUCUUUUUCACAGAGAAGGUCUUGAAGAUGCUUCUUAAACAGAAAAAUGAGCAUCAUCACGGACAUAGCCAUUAUACCUCUGAGACACUUCCUUCCAAGAAGGACCAGGAGGAGGGUGUGACGGAGAAGCUGCAGAAUGGGGAUCUGGACCACAUGAUUCCUCAACACCAGAAUAGCGAGCUGGAUGGCACAACUCCCGUGAUGGACGAGAAGGUCAUUGUGGGCUCACUCUCUGUCCAGGACGUACAGGCUUCCCAAAGCGCAUGUUACUGGCUAAAAGGUGUCCGCUACUCUGAUAUCGGUACUCUGGCCUGGAUGAUCACCCUGAGCGAUGGCCUCCACAAUUUCAUCGAUGGCCUGGCCAUUGGUGCCUCCUUCACCGUGUCUGUUUUCCAAGGCAUCAGUACUUCAGUGGCCAUCCUCUGUGAGGAGUUUCCACAUGAGCUAGGAGACUUUGUAAUCCUGCUCAAUGCUGGGAUGAGUAUCCAGCAAGCUCUCUUCUUUAACUUCCUUUCUGCCUGCUGCUGUUACGUGGGCCUGGCAUUUGGGAUCCUGGCCGGCAGCCACUUCUCUGCCAAUUGGAUCUUUGCACUGGCUGGAGGAAUGUUCUUGUAUAUUUCUCUGGCUGAUAUGUUCCCUGAGAUGAAUGAGGUCAGCCAAGAGGAUGAGAGGAAGGGCAGUGUCUUGAUCUCCUUUGUCAUCCAGAACCUGGGCCUCUUGACUGGAUUCACCAUCAUGCUGGUCCUCACCAUGUAUUCAGGGCAGAUCCAGAUUGGGUAAAGCCUUGCCAGGAGCCAGUGGGCUUGCAGGUGGGACCCUUGGCUGCCUGAUCCCUGGCCUGAGGACUCCGCAUCCAUGAAGGACCACCGAAGAGGCAGUUUUAUUAAAAACUGCGACACAGACUGUAUUCCUGCAUUCAGAUGUCAGCCGUUUUUAAAAUGCUUGGUCCUAGGAAUAAGCUACCCUGGUAACCAGUCUCUAGGUAGUGCCUCUCACCCUUUCCUCUCCUUCUUUUCCCAGAGUAACUCUGGAACUUGAAUGCAGCUUAGAAGACAAGCGUCACUUUUUUCUCUGGUUACCCUGACCUCUUUCUCUUUGAACCAGCACUGAGAGAUUUUGAAUCCUUUACCAUACGUGCAAAAAUAUAGUUAGCUGUCAUAACUGGGUUAGAAAUAUCAGGAGCUGAAUCAUAGUUUGGGGCCCAUGAAUCUAAAUACCCAUCCUGGACCUCAAGAUGGCCCGUUAUGAAAUGGGUGUCCCUAUUUUUACAGAGAAGGUACAGGAGACAGGGGUCGCUCCCAUUUUUUCAGUAUCUGUUCAGUUGCCUAUUGCUUCUCUCGAAGACAACUGAACCUGAGAAAAUAUGAGUAAGGCAAGAGGAGGGGCACCAAUAAUCCUGAAUAAGAAGGGAAGUAGAACUGGCCGGGUGUAUCCUGUAGUGAUGGUCAUGUAUCCCUCUGGGAUGCUGGAUAUUGGUUUUGUGGCAGCGUCCCUGAUGUAUCAUGACUGUUCAGGUGAGCUGGCAUAUAAGUUCAGUUGCCUGGACCUUCUCUUCUCAGAUUAACAUGACCAGAAUGGAGAGACGGAGGUCUGCAAGAAAUCCAUUGGCUUUGCUAUGAUUUCUGCUUCCCUUCUCCACUCUCAUCCUCUGAGACACUUUUUAGCUGCCUCCCUAGAAGCACAUUCUGAGCACAUUUAAGAUGCUUGUAUUAGAGGGGAGACUGCACAGAUCUACUUCCCCUGGUUAAGACUGCUGCAGAGCACCAAGUUGACUUUGAGGAUUAGAGUGCGGUUUGUGCUCUACUCAGACAAGGAAAUCAGAAAUGGAAUCAGUGCAGGCAAGAUUUAGAAUUUUCUAAUGACAGAAAUAAAAGGGUCAGUUGUAGGGAACUCUUGAGAUAAAAGGUCAGAAACUUGGGUUGGGGCACUGCAGAUGUCUGCAGAGCAGACUUAGUGAUUGCAUAGCAAAUGGGUUUUCAAUGGCAUUGUCUAGGUUACUGCUUCCUCCCUUACCGCCAAACCAAAAAAGGUUGAGUCCUACUUCAAAAUGAAUCUUAAUUGUUCUACCCUCUUCAGAAAACGGAUGGCAAUACUUGUCUGUGAAACUGUUGGCUAGCCUCAGGCACUGUGGAGCUUUCUCCUCAGGAACUCUGGCUUCAGGGGGAGCUAAUCUCCAGGUUCACUGGGUGAAUUGAUUUAUUAUUAUCAUAUUGAUAAUGUGAGAUUCUUUAGCCACUUUGGGGAACCAAUCUCUCCAGAAGCCUUUCUUAGUGGUACCCACAGUUGCAGCCCAGGGGCUGUGUUAGCAAACUGCAUGCAUGACUGACGAGUACUGGGUCAUUGCCAACAUCUGCGAGUUUUUCUGUCCUUACACAGAAAAACUUUCCACUAUACAGUAAUUAAAAGCAUCUAUUUUGGUUUUCUUCUUGGGGAACUUCCCUCAAGCCAGGAAUAUUCUUGAAAAGAACAUGAGAAGGAAAACUGCUGGCAAUACUGCAGAAGUUUUUUCUCCUUAUCUUGCUGUUGACUGAUGGAUUUGACAGUGAGCUGAAGGAGGAAGACUUUAGUUAACAAGAUUCAAGAUGAAAUGUCAGGAUUGACUCCUGAUAGGAUUAUGAUCCAGUUUUACCAAAGAACCAAUUCCUUGAAUGAUGGAAUCUAAUUUUUUAUAUUAUCAUUAUUGUUAAUGUUUCAGAACAAUUCUUUUUGUCUUUUCUGUUUUAUUUUUCUCAAAAUACUUUCAGGAGCUAGUAGAAAAUGACACUGAAAACUCAGACUUUAGAAAAUGUUGCUUUACUUAACUCACAUUGAUGUAUUAAAUUGAACAUUUUAGCAUUCCCUAUAGAUCCUGUCAUUCCUUAAAAAUAACAUUUGUCUUGGAGUAGAGUACUAAGUUCGAGUUAGUGGCUUUCUAGUUGAGGAGAGGAGGUAAAAAAAUAAUAAUCUUUAACAAAUUAAAAAAUAAAAUAUAAAAUAGUAGGAUGCUUUCCCUUUUCUUGCAUACUUGUAUCAACUUCAGAGCUUUUCAUAGACAGCUGCCUUGAAGGGAAUCCUUUCAGCUGUCAUUGGUGCAGAGGCUAGUGAUAGUUGAGGCUUAGGAGGGGUGGAGACACUCAGAUAGUCCGACUAAUUAUAUGUUGCCAUUGGCAACCGAUUUGCCUCAUGAAUUGAAGGUGUGGCAAUUUCUUUUUGACUUUUAAGUGUUGGAUUUGCUGUUUUAAGCAUUUGUACAUAUUAGAGGUCUAAGGAGUAGCAGGUUAUUUUGAGGAAUUUUUCACCCCUGACAUUAAGAUCUUCCAUCUCUCUUCUCUGGCUGGACCAGCUCCUAUUAAUUUUAGUAAGAAAAGUCAUACAUAGGAGCCCUAACCCAGGGAGAGGGGUUCUGCUACUUGUCACUGUCACCCUGGGAUGCAGGUUGCCUUCUGUCCUUGUCCCCAAAGGUAUUUCGUGCCUAGUGUCAACCCAUCGUUAGUCCUUCAUCCUGGGUUAAAAAAGGCUACUCUGUUUGGGUAUCCUGAAGUCUAUUUUUUAGUAAGUCCUCUUUCAGAGAGAUGAUAAUAUGCUGGAAAUCUGCUUUAAAAAAAAAAAAAAAA